CGCAGGCACGAGCGCCCUGUGGAGUGAGCGUCGGGCGCGCGCGAUUCCAACGGGGCGGGUGCGCGCAUGCACGCGAGUCGGAUUCGCUGGCUUUAAAGUGCCCCGAGGCGCACAUGGUACUUCCUGUUGGGAAGAAUGGAAAGCUUCCAGCUCGAGCCGGAGCCUCUGCAAUUCCCUGCGCGCUGCCUCUGCUCGCUGUUCCGCUAAUGAUGGACUGAUCGCGCUCUCGCCAGGCAGACGCUGCUAGUAUGCUUCGGGAUUAAAUGGUUCCUUCACGUCGUCAGCGCUACUCGGCUUGUACUGCAGUUUCACUUUUCGUAGAAGAAAAAUCUCCUCUCAAGCCAAGCUCAACUCCCUUCUUGUUCGGGCCCUCCAAGUGAGACCGUGGACUUUUUCCCCCUCCCCCCUUUUCCCCCCCUGACAGUAAAACUAUUCAACAAGUUGUGUUUGGAUGUGCAUUUGUCAUGCAGAGGCUCUUGGAACGGGGGUUUGUGCUUUUCUUCUGCUACACAGUCUGCAGGGUUUUUUUCGCCGCUUCUCUGCCCACUUUGACAGAAGAUCACGUCGGAUCACUGCAGGAGAAUGAGUUUGAAAGUGUCAUUCAUAUACGAAGACGUAGAGAAUCUGGGGAUCCAUACUGGGCUUAUUCAGGAAACUAUGGACCGGAAAACUGGGCCAAAUCUUACAUCAAUUGCUCUGGCAUCAAGCAAUCCCCCAUUGAUAUCGUAGAUCAGAAGACUCGUGAAAAGGAUGACUUGCACCAAAUCCAUCUUGAGGGGUUUGAGAUUGAGUCCUCUAAUAGGACUCGUAUGAAAAACACUGGAAAGACAAUUGCUGUUCUGCUGAAGGAUGAUUAUUUUGUCAGUGGAGCUGAUCUUCCAGAUAGACUUAAAGCAGAAAAGCUGGAAUUUCACUGGGGUCAGAACAAAGGUUUUCCAGGUUCGGAGCACAGUCUUGAUGGAAAAAGAUAUCCUAUUGAGAUGCAGAUUUAUCUUUCAAGCCCUGGCAAUGAUGACACUGAGUUGGCAUCUAGAAGAAAUGAAAUUAGAGGAGCAAUGGCUAUAUUCCUUCAGGUUACCCUCCAGGACAACCUUGCACUGGUUCCAAUUAUAAGGGGGCUGAAGGGAGUCGUGCAUCAUGAAAAAGAAACUUUUCUGGAUCCCUUUGUACUUGGGAAUUUGCUACCUGACUCACUUGGGAGCUAUUACAGAUACUCUGGCUCCCUGACAACACCACCGUGCAGUGAAAUUGUAGAAUGGAUAGUCUUCAGCAGACCUAUCUCCAUCUCCCUUGAGCAGCUGGAUGCUUUUUAUUCCAUAUUUACCACUGAACAGCAAGACCAUGUCAAAUCAGUGGAGUACUUGAGGAACAACUUCCGACCACAACAGAACCUGAAUGACAGGAUGGUCUACAAGUCUGUAGUCAAAGACUCAUGGAACCAGGCGACUGAAAACCCUGGUAUCCUACAUAUUACAGAAGUAUGCAGCAGCCCACCAGUGAAUAUGACUGUGCAGCCAGUGAACAGGUCUGCUUUACUCGUCACGUGGAACAAGCCAGAAACCAUCUACCACCCUCCCAUUAUGAACUAUUUGAUUUCCUACAGCUGGACAAAAGAUGAGGGGGAGAAAGAGCAAGCUUUCACCAAAAAAAACGAUCACAACUUGGAGGCAAUUAUCAAUCAUGUCUCCCUGGAUAAACUCUACCUGUUUCGUGUUCAAGCUGUGUGUCAGAAUGAUCUGCGAAGCGAUUUUAGCCAGACGAUGCUGUUUCAAGCCAACACAACUAGAAUAUUUGAAGGAACCAGGAUUAUAAAAACAAGAAUGCCUACAGCCUCUCCUGCCUCUUCAGCUGAUAUGGCACCAAUCAGUUCUGGGUCAUCUACUUGGACUUCUUCUGGUCUUACUUUACCCUUUGUUUCCAUGGCAACUGGCAUGGGCCCUUCAUCCAGUGGAAGCCAGACAACCGUGGCAUCUGUGGUAACAAGUACCUUGCUUGCGAGCCUUGGGUUUGGUGGUGGUGGUGUUCCUUCCUUUCCUAGUACUGUGUGGCCUACACGCCUUCCCUCUGUGGCUUCAACCACUAGUCAUCGAAUGAAACCUGUUGUUUCAACAACUGAAGCAUUGUCAUCUCCAGGCUCAGAAGGUGGUUCCGCUGUUAAUAAAACAGGUGAAGCAGAAGGUGAAGAUAAAAAGAAAGAAAAUGAGGGUGAGAAAGGAGAGGGAGAAGAAGGAGAAAGAGAUGAAGAGGAAAAUGAAGAAGGAAACAGUUCAAAGAAAGAUAUUGUGGAGAAACAGGAGAAUGUUGUGACUGCAGCAACUGAGACACAAAAUAAGACUGAAUCAGAGAUGUCACCUGGAGAUCCAACUGGUCCAACUGCAGAAGGCAAAAAUUCAACCGGUGGACAAAACCUACCAAACUCAACUAUCAGUCAAACAAGUAAAACUUUCAAACAGACAACAGUUGAAACAUUGCAAAUGUCAUCUGAAGUUGCAACUACAGAGAACUAUCUUAAAAUUCCAAUCCAGCCAACACCUCCCCCAAAAACAUGGAAUGACAUAGCAGGAGACAGCUCUGCUGAGAAUACAUUUGUCAUGGUGGAUCCAGAAGACAGGUCAUCUUCAAGUAUGGCCACACAACCAUAUUCACCUUCCAGCAAGAUGGAAUGGAUAAUUCCAUUGGUGGUUGUCUCAGCUUUGACUUUUGUCUGCUUGAUUCUUCUCGUAGGAGUGCUAGUUUACUGGAGAAAGUGUUUUCAGACAGCACACUUCUAUGUGGAGGAUAGCAGUUCACCACGAGUGGUUCCUAAUGAAAGCAUUCCCAUCAUUCCAAUUCCAGAUGAUAUGGAGGCCAUUCCUGUCAAGCAGUUUGUAAAGCACAUCAAUGAACUGUACACCAAUAACCAACAUGGAUUCUCUGAAGAAUUUGAGGAAGUGCAGCGCUGUACAACUGAUAUGAACAUCACAUCAGAACAUUCCAACCACCCAGAUAACAAGCACAAAAACCGAUACAUCAACAUUGUAGCAUAUGAUCACAGCAGAGUUAAGCUAAGGCCAAUACCAGGAAAGGAUUCAAAGCACAGUGAUUACAUCAAUGCCAAUUAUGUCGAUGGUUACAACAAGUCAAAAGCCUAUAUAGCUACACAGGGACCUCUUAAACCUACAUUUGAAGAUUUUUGGAGAAUGAUCUGGGAACAGAACACAGGAAUCAUUGUUAUGAUUACAAAUUUAGUGGAGAAAGGACGACGAAAAUGUGAUCAGUACUGGCCAAGUGAGAACAAUGAAGAGUACGGCAAUAUUAUCGUUACCUUGAAGAGCACAAAAGUGCGGGCAUGUUGUACUGUUCGCCGCUUCACCAUAAGGAACACAAAAGUUAAAAAGGGACAAAAGGGAAACCCCAAGGGACGUCAGAAUGAGCGAAUGGUUAUCCAAUAUCACUAUACACAGUGGCCUGAUAUGGGGGUACCAGAAUAUGCACUUCCUGUACUCACCUUUGUAAGAAAGUCAUCUGCAGCUCAGAUACCAGACAUGGGACCAGUGGUAGUACAUUGCAGUGCUGGUGUUGGCAGAACUGGAACAUAUAUUGUGCUUGAUAGCAUGCUGAAGCAAAUAAAAGAUAAAAGCACGGUUAAUGUCCUAGGCUUUCUCAAACACAUCAGGACUCAAAGGAACUAUCUCGUCCAGACAGAGGAACAGUACAUUUUUAUCCAUGAAGCCUUGCGGGAAGCAAUACAUGGGAAAGAAACAGAAGUACCUGCCACUCAGCUACACAGUUAUGUCAACAAUAUUUUAAUUCCGGGAAUAUCUGGGAAGAUGAGGCUCGAGAAACAGUUUAAGUUGGUAACUCAGUGUAAUGCAAAAUUUAUAGAGUGCUUCAGUGCCCAGAAAGAAUGCAAUAAAGAGAAGAACAGAAACUCCUCAGUUGUGCCAUCUGAACGAGCUCGGGUAGGCCUUGCACCAUUGCCUGGAACAAAAGGAACCGACUAUAUUAAUGCCUCCUACAUAAUGGGAUAUUACAGAAGCAAUGAAUUUAUUAUUACCCAGCAUCCUUUGCCACACACAACUAAGGACUUCUGGCGAAUGAUUUGGGACCACAAUGCACAAAUAAUUGUCAUGUUACCAGACAACCAUGGACUAGCAGAGGAUGAAUCUGUCUACUGGCCAAGCCGUGAAGAAUCCAUGAAUUGUGAAGCCUUUACUGUAACCCUUAUCAGCAAAGACAUACUGUGCCUCUCUAAUGAAGAGCAAGUUAUCAUCCAUGAUUUCAUCCUGGAGGCAACACAGGAUGACUAUGUGCUGGAAGUACGUCACUUUCAGUGUCCAAAAUGGCCUAAUCCAGAUGCUCCUCUCAGCAGCACUUUUGAACUUAUUAAUGUAUUAAAAGAAGAGGCCUCAACCAGAGAUGGACCAACCAUCGUUCAUGAUGAGUUUGGAGGUGUCUCUGCUGGGCUCUUCUGUGGCCUUACCACUCUGUCACAGCAGUUGGAGUGUGAAUCUGCUGUGGAUGUCUAUCAGGUUGCAAAGAUGAUAAACCUGAUGAGGCCAGGUGUUUUCACAGAUGUUGAGCAGUAUCAGUUCCUUUAUAAAGCAAUGCUCAGUUUAAUCAGCACAAAAGAUAAUGGAAAUGGCCCCUCGUCAUUUGACAAAAAUGGCACCAUUAUUAUCACUGAAGAAUCAGACCCAGCAGAAAGCAUGGAAUCUCUUGUGUAAUUUGAAGCUUUUUGCAAAUGGAACUUCAUUUGAAAAACUUCUAAGUACUGAAUGAACUUCUGAGGCCUUUUUUUUGCCAGGUUCGAAGUUUAAUGAUAACCUGACUGUACUUUUUACAGUGAUGAGAGUUUUUGAUGUUUAUUUUAACCAUUCUGAGUCUUAUUGUUAUCCUGCUGAGCAUUUGGAUCUCUUACUUUCACAAGAUGAAAACACAAUUUGUUCUAGUUUGCACUAUCUGAUCAGUGUUACUGCCUAUAAAAAUCUAGUACAAAAUCUGUAAUUUCCCAGAAAUCCAUGAAAAGAUUCUGUCUGUAAUCAGUUUUAACUUGUGCUUCAUAGGGAGACAGAACUUGUGUCUGGAGACAGCUUUAAGGUAAUUUUGCAAACAAAACCAUUCUACAUUUUGGUUGUUGACCAGCUUAGAGAGAUUUCUUUAUUUGUGCAGAUUGUGGUGUAUUAUUGAACUUAUUUUUAAGUAAUACAUCAUUUGAACCUGGUAAGUUUUGUAAAAUACCAGUGAUAUAACCUCCUACAUUCCAGUGAUCAGAGUAUAAACAUUCAAAAAAUAAAACACUUAACUACAAAAUAUUUAGUGUAGGCCAGGUAUAUGGAUACAGCUAUUAAUUUAUAAUUUUUUGAAGUUUUAUAUAUUUGUACUGCACCAGGCUGUAAGUGGGAUGCGUGGAGAAAUUGUUGAUUUUGCAUAUGACAGAAAUGGCAUAAAUAUCUAUCUUGCUUGCAAGAGUAUGGAACAUUCGUAACGGUUUUGAAGGAUUAAUAUGAACACUUAGGGGUGGGGGAGUGGAAUUUAAUCCAUGAGGUGUGGAAGUAUGUGCAAGGAAUUUACUGUUAAUUUUAAUCAGUGGACAGCAGUCACGAGUGAUCACAAGUGAUCACAGGGCAGGGGUGGGCAGCAGUGACCAAACCUACCGUGAGGUGAUUGCAGUGCAGCUUGGAGCAGGCUAUAAAAGAACCCCCAGGAGAAACGUGCAGACUCUGCAGUUAGGAAGCAAGACUGCAAAAUUUGCAGAUUUGGAAGGAUGUCACCUGGAAGCCAAGCCUUCAUCCCUCUUUUCAGCUUUAAAUGUUCUAGCCCAUCAUUCACCCUUUAUAAUUCUAUAUAAUCUCCUGGGAUCCCCAAUCACUCCCACCCCCACCCUACAGUCCAGUCACCUCUGGGGACCCCCCCCCCCGCCCGCCCCCAUCACAACCUCCCAUCACUUUGCCCUUGCUGCUACCGACAGUCCGGGUCCGCGGACAUCCCCCUGUUCCCCCCUCCUGUUCCUCAGUGUCUAAUAAAGAGAACCACUCACCAAUGAUCCAAACAGACAAUCUCGCCUGGUGCACGCCAUCUUUAACCAGUUGUGAAUCAGGGGGCACAAGUUUGUCACUGAGUUAAUCUUGAAGGUCUGAUUUAAUGGGUAUUCAUGGUAUGCAAAUGUAGGGAAAAGAGGUCCCGCCACUGGACACCGUGAGUCCCUAAUUGCUGCGGAAACACCACCGACUUAAUCCCUUAAACUCAACCUGCCACCAGGAAACAGAUUUCUGCUCCUGCCUGAUUAAGCCCACCAUAAUUACCACUCCCGGUGAGCCUAUUAAAUUCUGUCCUCUGAGUCUUUUUUUGCAGGAGGUAAGAACUGAUACGCAAAAAGGCAGAUCGACAUGUUCUGCACAGUGAAUUGCGUAAGUCCAAAAUGAGGGUGCAUCUGAUAUCAAUGGUGUCAAAUUGUUAAAUAACGUGUGAGCUGCACCAAUAAUGUAGCAUUUUUGCCUUGUCAAUAAUCAGUCUUUUGAAAAUAUUACAUGAUUUGAAACAUUUUUUUAAAUAACAGCGGAGAAGAAUUUAUUAACUUACCAAAGAUAUAAAGUAGUUCUCAGCAGAAUGUGGAAGUGUUUUUUUUUCAAAAAUAUGGUUUUAAUUGUCUUACUAAUUAUUUUUAAACUGUCUCUUUAGUCAGGGUCAAUUUUUUUUAAUUUGCAAAUUCAAUAAGUGACUCAAUAUGAUGAAUGUUAAUGUUAUCAAGGUGCCAGUUCAUAUUUCAUUUUAUGAAACAACAAUUCUACAUACUGAAUAAAUUGUUCAUUUAGACAUACAUACCUAAAUUACAACUUAAAAUUGUGUGGUUUCUCUUUUUAAAGGGGUGACCAUAUUUGUACAUAAAAGUCAUGUGUGAAAUUUGGUUAAUUAUCUGCAGAUGUGGCUUUGCUCUCAUCAUGGGAAGAGCAUAGCAGUGCUGGACUGAAAAUGGCGUCAGGCUACUCUCUGACGUGACAUUUUUAAAAAAACUGCUACCUGGAAGUGAAAACAAAAGUUUCAAAAUUUUUGUUAAAAAAAGAGAUAUUUUCACAAUGUAGGAGACAUUUUCUAUACAAGAUAAACAUUUGAUGAGGCAAACAUGAAUCAGACUUUUAGGGAAUUAAAACGCUUGAGCUGUUUUCAGGAAAAAAAAGUUUAAAAAAGAAAAAAAAACCUUUUCUCAACAAAGGGGAGAUUUUUGAAUUUUUUUAAAAACCUCAUGUUUCUCCAACAUUUGGGGUAGUGGUGUUCAAAAAACUUUUGUUUCAGCCUUUUAGACAAAAACAUUGAUAGUUCAAAUAUCAUGUCUUGAAAAUCAUAACCUUUAUUCAUUCUUUAGGGUAGCAGACACAAUCAAACUGUAAAUAUUUUGUUGCUUAAACAGGCAUUCUAUGGGGACUUUGUAUCUACAGUAUAUAAUCACAGAAUUUUAUAUUUUCAUAUAAAGCUAAUUUUUUUCUAGUCUCAACUCCUUCAUAGUUUUGUGGUGGCUAUGUGGAAAGCUGUAUGUGCUUUGAGGUAGUACCAUGAAUACUGUGUCAUCACAUUUCAAAGGCAUUGAACAUAUAUUACUUCUUGGGGGCAGUGGUUGUCGAAGUUGCAGGUAUUUUCAACUAUAUUGUCGGUGUGUGCAAUAGGAAUAGAUCUAGACAGUUGCUGAAUAAGUUUGUCUCAUGACCCAUUUGAAAAUGUGGUGUUCUGUAACUUGAAAAAAUCUGCUUUGUUCUGUUGAAAACUAUAUUAAAUUGUUCUAUUAUAGUGUUAUUUAAUAUGUAAAUUGUAUUGCUAUACAUGAAAUAAAGUAUGGGUUUUGACGGACCUAUAGA